AUUACAGGUUUAAAUUAAAGGUAAUUUCGAGAACUUCAUACCCUAGCUGGCUUGUUAACCUCGCUGUAUAGAUAUACCAUCAACCAUGAAACUUGCACAAUCUAGGAACGUCAAUAUGGAUACCUGCUUUACUCUCAAGAGUAAGGUCGGCACUCCGGAGAUCGACAUCGGAAAUAUCAAGAGAGUUCUCUUGAAAAAGAAGAAUACAGGAAAUUUUAUGAACGAUCUUUUGAACAAACGUACUCAGACCACCCAGAAAUCAAGAUUAGGGAACCAGGAAUUUAACUUGAAGGUGUUCGAUCGGCUCGGUGAUGAGAGCAAGAAGGUGGCUAGCCUUGACCAAACCUAUGAUCCCUACUCACAAUCAGAAGAAGGUCAGAACUUCUUCGUCUCAUUAGGCCCUGUCUUUAUUAAAAAUGGAAAAAGAAAUUCAUCUUCUAGUACAACAAGGAGGAAGAUAAGGACAGCAAGGAAGCUGAGACCAUCCUCCAGAAGCCAAAGGAAGAGGUGAAGGUUCAGUGUUAGGAGAAACGGUGCUUCCAACAAGCUGGCAGUCAAAGGAUCUUCUUUUGCUACGAAGAGAAAUUCAGAUGAAACACUCAGUAAUGUAUCUGAUUUCUCAUUGGAUACGAGAUAUCUUCCCAAAAACACUUCAAGAAAGCUAGAUUUAGAUGAGGACAUAUACGGAGCUCUAAGUGGCUUGAGCACUAAUCAUUCAACAGCGACCAAUUUCUACAACCCAGAUGAGAAAUCUUCGACAAAAAGAGUCUCAAUGUCUGCUCGGAGCGUUAAACGCCCUCGUGCGUCACUUUAUCACCAGAAAAAUGAUCAAAUCAGGAGAGCAAAUACCGACGAGCCAGGGAAAAAGAAAAUAGUCAUACGGAUCAAUACCGACUGCGAUCCACUAGAAUUCUCUAAGAAGAAGGGAAAGCCAAGAGGGGUAAAGAAGCUUAAGAAACUAUUCGAUUCAAUGGCUUUAAGGAAGAUCAAGAAGUACUAAGGCUCUCUCCUAUUUCGGAUAAGCCGGUGAUAAAGAGAUGACUUUUGAAAGUCGUGCUAAUAUGUAAAAUAUUAAUAAAUUCCC